CUCUACCUGACUCUCAUCGGAAGACAUGCACACAACCGAUCCCCGGGCUUCCCGCGAGGAGAGCUAAAGGGCCGCUCAAGCGGGGCUGUGUACCGGGAGUCCUGGGCUGGACACUGAGCCGCUUCCCGCUCCGCACGGCACGGCACGGCACGGAGGCAUGGCGCGCUCCUGAUCCCGGCAGGACGCCCGGAGAGCUCGGCCGUUCUUCCCUCCGUCACAUCUCGGAUCUCCUUCGGUACUGAGAGGCCUGACCAUGUCUGCGAGAGACAAGGGGAUCCCGACCAAAGACAGCGUCAGCCUGCUACCCUGUUUCUAUUUUGUAGAGCUGCCGAUCCUGGUGUCGUCUUUGGUCAGUCUGUACUUCCUGGAGUGGACGGAUGUGUUCAAGCCGGUGAAGUCUGGCUUCAACUGCCAUGACCGCAGCCUCAGCCUUCCCUACAUCGACCCAAACCGCGAGGUCAUCCCCCUGCUGAUGCUGCUCAGCCUGGCCUUUGCCGGACCCGCCAUUACGAUAAUGAUUGGAGAGGCCAUCGUGUUCUGCUGUCUGUCUCGGAAGAGGAGGGGGGGCGGGGUGGAAGCCAACAUCAACGCCGCCGGCUGCAACUUCAACUCCUUCAUACGCAGAGCUGUUCGCUUCGUUGGGGUUCAUGCUUUCGGUCUUUGUGCCACGGCCCUCAUCACGGACAUCCUCCAGCUGAUGACGGGCUACCCUACACCCUACUUCCUCACUGUGUGUAAACCCAACUACACCACGCUCAACGUCAGCUGUGAGCAGAACCCCUACAUCCUGGAGGACAUCUGCUCGGGGGCCGACCCCGCAGCCAUCAUCCAGGGCAGAAAAUCCUUCCCAUCACAGCACGCUACCCUCGCAUCCUUUGCCGCUGUCUAUGUUUCGAUGUACUUCAACAGCACUUUGACAGACUCAUCCAAGCUGCUCAAGCCCCUACUGGUCUUCUCCUUCAUUAUCUGUGCCAUUAUUUGUGGUCUGACCCGCAUUAUUCAGUACAAGAACCACGCCAUCGACGUCUACCUGGGGUUCCUGCUGGGAGGAGCCAUUGCCGUCUACCUGGGGUUGUAUGCAGUCGGAAAUUUUCAGCCUAAUGAGGAGGCCAGUGCCAGCCCCCCUCCGAUGAUACACCGCCCCCCCUGCUCCUUGCCCCACAUCAGCCAAGAGGCCAUACUCCACCACCUUCAAAUGAAAGCCAGCAUGGCGGGGGAGCCCGGCAUGCCCACCUCCCACUCCGAGGGCCUCCUCCACCGAGGCCUUCCACUGCAGAGGCCUGAGGACUGUCUGCAGCGUUCCAGUGCAGAUGUGGAAGUGAUCUCCCCCCGCAGUCCCCACAGCAAAGACGCCAUCGUAACCUUCAGCCACACGCUUCCUCGUGUCCACACCCCCCAGGCCAUGGCAGCGUAUGAGGAAGCAGCCAGACGUCACGCUGCAACCCUCCACCAUGCCUCCAUGGACUCCAGCCGCAUCACCGGUGGGGCACGAAUAUCCAUGCAGUCCAGACCUGGGUCUUCACAGCUCGUUCACAUACCAGAGGAAGCCCAUGAGAAUUACAACCCCAACUCCCCGAGGACGGGGGGAGGAGGAGGGGGGAGUGAGGUGAUGUCGACAAUAAAUAGCACAGUUCAGGCAAACUGGCAGCGGGCAGCGGAGAAGACUGCAGCCUGCAGGACUAACGAUAGCAACAGCCAGCCGCGACUCAUGCAAGUCAUUGCUCUUUCCAAGCAGCAGGGCCUGCUACAGACCCACUCCAAGAGCCUAGACGAGGGCAGCAUGGGCUGCAGCGCCACUGGGGGCUGCCAGGGCUCUGGUCGCUACAGGGCACUAACUGACCAAGACGCCGCCAGCACCACGGGGCCGAGCCCGUUGGGCAGCACCACAGGGAGUAUUUCAGGGAGUACCGGAGCAAUUGUCAGAGUAGAGGCCCACCCUGAAAACAACAGGCCCGUGAUCCAAGCGCCGUCCACAGAUGGGAGCGGAUCAUGGAGGUGGCGUUCCCUGGACCAUGGCACUGGGGCCAGUGGAGCGGGAGGAGGAGUUGGGUCUUUGAAGCAAUCCUUCGAGCUCAACGAUCUAAACCGAGACUCGGAAAGCCCAGACUCGACACGUGAAGGGUCCAUUGACAGGAAGCGAGGCAAUCACAUAGUUACCACCACGGCCACCGUUAGCAACCCGCCCAUAGUGACUGUUCACACCCAGAACAACGGCCAGUCGGAGCACAGGCACCACCCCCAGGGGCUUUCCACCAUACGGGUCACUCCAGGGGAUGGUGGUGGUUCUGGAUCUGGAGGAGGUGGUGGCGGAGAGGGCGCUUCGGAAACCCCCUCUGUCGCUUCCAGUCGGGAGUCCACACUGCGGAGAAAAGGCAAUAGUAUCAUCCUGAUUCCAGAGCGCACCAACAGCCCGGAUAACGCCCGCAACGUUUUCUACAAAGGAACGUCCAUAACUCCUGUUUUCAAGGAAUAGCGUACGGAAUGACGGGACACUUUGGAGAAGAUGGAGCUUAUAGUACAAGACAGCUGGACUAAGUCAGUAGUGACUACCACUGUAUAUAUCAUUAUAACUCCUAAAGAAAAUGGUUUUAUUCAGCAUGAGAGUUUUGUACGUGUUACCACUAAAUCACAACCUUUUACGUGUUGUAGAAAUAAUCACUGUGUACUUUUGUGGUCACUCCUUAGGAAACCUAUUGUAAUGUCCAUGAUGUGCCAGUGCUUUGGGGACAGGAGAACCUUUUAUAAACCGUUCCGUAUGUUUUGGAUAUAAAUCAUC